GAGCCCAGGAAGCAGCGUCACGGUGGGGCGGGGACUGCGGACUGCGGACUGGUCGCGAUGGCGGACGUGGAGACCAAGGCCUCCUCCAUAACGCUGGAGGACUGCUCCUUCCUGCCCGUCCUUCACGACAUCAUUAAAUGCAUGGACAAAGACAGCCAAGAAGUGCACCAAGAGCUCAACAAACUCAAGACCAAGCUGCAGGAUACCAGGGACAUGGUUUCAUCGAUGCCUGGGAUUGAUGUUAAUCCCGAACAACAGCAGCAGCAGCUUCAGAGCUUGCGUGAUCAGGUCCGCACGAAGAGCGAACUUCUACAGAAGUACAAGAGCCUCUGUAUGUUUGAUAUCCCCAAAGCAUAGGGAGCUGCUGUGUUUCACCGAGAGGGAAAAUUCCCAUUCCGGGUUCUCUUCACUUACCUGCUGAGUGGAGAACUACAAAUUGAGCAACUUUGUGUGUUUAAUUAUACUUUAUAGAGAACCUCGAGUUGCAAGCGCAAUGCUAAACCUUGCACCAAGGGAAUUGGUAUUUGUAAAAAUAUUUAUUUCAAGUUUAAAAUAACUUUGCCAUGCCUCAUUAUUUCCACAUUUGCAUUGAAUAAUCUUCACAGAUCAUUUUGUAUGUGAAGGAACAUGAUGCUUUAGUGAGCUGUUGUGGUUUGAGUCAGCACAAGAUAUUAAUUUCGGAUAUUUUAAUAAAACACCAAAAAGUU